CGGGGUCUCAGUGAUGGACCAGCUGUGGUCUCAGCUUGUGUUUGUUUGUUUGUUUGUUUGUGAGAAGGGGUGGAGAUGAAGAAGGACUCCUCUCUUCCUCCACCAGUUGUUCUCGGUGCCGCUGGUCACGACUCGCUCAUUAAAAUCCAGCGGUUUUUAACGGCAGCUGCAGUUGGAGACCGACCAACGCUGCACCCGUCGACCUCCCAACUAUCGCGAGAGAGGGGGGACACUGCGAGAAGAACGGGGUCCAGGCAAGGCAUAGCAAUAUUCAUAUUUAGCAACAACAACAACCUUUACGAAAAUGAUUGUUCCGUUGUGAAAGAGAAGUGAAAUGUGUCCCAGAUUCACCCCGAGACACGGAUGAAAGCCCCGGACUGUGAUAUACAGGAUGUGGCCUCGCUCCUCUGGCUCUACGACAGACGAUGAAGAAGGGGCAGACCUCGUGAAUCCCGCUCAUCUCACCUCCUCUACCCUUCCACUUACCGGCUGAAUCCCUCCCUAUUUUCUUUCUGAAACGCUAAAGUAUUUAACUGCACAAAAUAAUGUAGCAAACAGCUUCACCCUGGAGAUAUUCAACCUCAUCUUUCAUGGGUCCGGUUCAUUGUCUUUUUAACUGUUGGUGUUAGAUGGGGUUGAGCGCGACACUUCACUUCACACUCAUUUGUAAAUUAUUAGACCAAUGUGCCGUGUUUGCCCCCUGUCAUUUACCCCAGCUGUGCAGUCACUUCAGGUUUCUGUUGUAUGUUUGAAGUGAUUUAAUCGACCAUUGGGUCAGUCGGCGCCCCCGUCCUGUCAGGAGGAUGAACGGCUCUCUGUUAACUCCGCCCAGCCCACGGGCGGCAAACUCCUCACCGUUACCUCCCUCGCCCUCCCCGUCUCCGUCUCCACCGUCUCCCUCUUUGCUGCCCCUGUCCCCCCGGCCGCCUCCUCUCCCACCCCUGGUGAGCCCUCCGCCUCAGGCUCACCCGUCCUCCCUCUCGGACACCCCCACGCCCUCCCCCUCGCCUUGCCUGAGCUGGACCGAAUUCUGUGAGCUCCACGCCCGCGUCGCGGCCGGUGACUUUGCACGCCACUUUCGGGCGUUUCUCCUGGAAAACCCACACUACUCCCCAGACUCUGCGGCCGCCUUCUGCCGGCGGUUCACCGACCGAUUCGUUCGUCACUUCCAGAGCGAGCUGGAGGGGGCGCUCCCGCCGAGCUGUGCUUCUGGGAGGGAUGAAAUGGUGAGCUGGGCUCCCCAGUCAGACGCUACAUCCCUGGAAGAGGAGGCAGUCUCACCCCUGUCGGCAACCGGGGGAGCGGUCCUCCCUUGUCCCCCGACCAAUGCGACACGGGGUUUAUCUAAGCCUGCGCCAACUCGGCUGGUGUUGGAGAACCGUGGCGGGGACAGGUUUCAAGACUCUUAUGCCCACGGCCAAGUCCUGCCGCCGUCGUCCUCGUCGUCGUGUUGCUCCUCGGUGGGGGGGAACAACGGGAGGCGUGAGGAGAGAGGGGCAAUGAUCGCCCCCGGGAACGGGGAGGCGCCGGUGGAGGAGGAGGAGGACAGCUGGCUCGGGGUGUCGUCUGUCGGGGAGGACGUCGAGCCAGAAGAGCGGGAAGCAGAGUCCACAGAGAUGGACGGUGCCGACCCCUCCCACACUCCUCAGAUUCCACCUUCCUCCUCCUCCAUCACUCCUCCGCCCGACUCCAAAGGUAACAGCACGCCCAACUCCUCCAAAAACAAACUGAAGAAGCGCUUUUCGCUGCGGAGCGUGGGCCGUAGUGUUCGGGGGAGCGUCCGUGGCAUCCUGCAUUGGCGAAGCUCGUCCAGCGACUCGGCCCAGAGUCAGCUGCCCUCCAGCUACAGCUACACCAUGGGUGUGCAGGACGCUAGCUUGGUUUCAACCUCCAAGAGGAACUCUGGUACACAGCCUCCCACACCCACCUCCUCCAUGCCCGUCUCUCUGUCCAUGCCUCUCUCCCUCCCCCACUCCUCCUCCUCCUCUCUGCCUCCAUCAUCCUCGAGCAGCGCCACCUCUCUGUCUCUGUCGGAGGCUGCUCGGGACAGGCGGCGGAGCAAUGGCGAAGGAGGAGAGAAGGAGAAAUGGAGCCAUCGUUUGGAGAAGCUGAGACUGUCACGAUCCCCUCCUCCUGUCCUCACCCCUGCUGCCGGCUCGCACUCCACGCUGCCUCCGAGCAGCGCCGCCGCCGCCAUGGGACCUCCGAGGAAGGUGGGCCGGCUGGUGAGGGAGGGAGGGGUGAGCGUCAGCUCAUCCAAUGACGAGUUAAGUGGGAGCCACGGCUUCUCUGGCUUCUCGUUCGGUCUGCUGCAUCAUGGUACGGACAACAACAACGCCGCCUCGGCUUCGUCUGCAGCAGCUCAGAGCGGUCCGGUGCAGCCUCUGGCCAGCGGGGGGAACGUGCCCUGGAGAGGAGGACGCUGGCAUAAAUGUCGUCUGGUCCUCAGAGAGAGAGACAGAGAGGGUGGCGAGCGGGGAGAGGAGUACUACCUGGAGUUCUUCAUUCCACCCAAAUCGUCGAAGCCGAGGCUGACUGUCCCUUGCUGCACGAUCGUGGAUGUGAGGAGCACCACGGCGCUGGAGGUCCCUGACAAGGAGAACACCUUCCUGCUGCAGCUGGAAGGUUCGGCGCAGUACGUGAUCGAGACGCGAGACGCCGUUCAGAUGAGAGCCUGGCUGAGCGACAUCAGGAACGGCAUCUGUCUCAGUGAACAGGAAGAUGCUGAAGGUGUGUGUGGGGGGCCGUUAGACAUCAGCGGGACUCCUGAGAUUGUUGAUCGUCUGUCACAAGUGUGUUAUGGAGGUAUCGGAGGCUCCUCACCUCUCAUGGAUCCUCUCCCGCCAGAGCUGCCACCUCGAGCCCCUCUCGACGAACCAGACGGCCGGAUUCUCGGGGGAGGCGGAGCUAGUCUGGGCACACCUUUUGCUGAGACGCCAGAUGCCACAGGGUCCUUCCUGUUCUCUGAGGUGACGUCUGCGGAGGCGGUGGAGCACCCCCUCAGCGAGUGUCAGUGGUUUCACGGCACUCUGUCCCGCCUCAAAGCUGCUCAGCUGGUGUUGGCUGGAGGCCCGGCGAGCCACGGCGUCUUCCUGGUUCGCCAGAGCGAGACACGCCGCGGAGAAUAUGUCCUCACCUUUAACUUCCAGGGCAAGGCCAAGCACCUCCGUCUGUCCCUGAACGAGGACGGUCAAUGUCGAGUGCAGCACCUCUGGUUCCAGUCCAUCUUCGACAUGUUGGAGCACUUCAGGGUGCACCCGAUCCCCCUGGAGUCCGGCGGUGCCUCCGAUGUCACGCUCAUCAGCUUUGUGGGCGCCACCGCUGUUCGUCAGCCAGACUUGACCAGCAGACCCCGUAGCCCUCCUCAGCCUCCUCCCCUGCCGCCGGGCCGGCCGCCGCCCCCGACUCCACCCCAGGAGAGAGGGAACGAGACGGAGCUGGGAGGAGGAGGAGCAAGUGGAGGAGGAGGAGCAGGAGCCGCUGUGGUGACUAUGGCAGCAACAGGUGGAGGUGGAGGAGGAGGAGGAGGAGGCAGUGGCGCAGGAGGAGGAGGAGGAGGAGGAGGAGGAAGCGGAGGCAGCGGAGGUGGUAGCGGAGGAGGAGUGGAGGACUGGGAGGAGAGGGACAGGGACACUCCUCUCCGCCAACUAGAAGCCGUGGAGGGGGAGGAGAGGGAUGGAGCGAGGGCGCCCCGAGCCAUCGAUAACCAGUACUCCUUCUUCUGAUGAAGGGAAGACCAGGAGGAGGUGGAGGAGGAGUGUGUGUGUGUUUGUGUGCGUCCGACAGAGUGUGUGUGCGAGCGAGCGAGCGAGCGAACGUGUGAUUGGAUGAGGCGGCGUACAUCAUAGCCAUUCAUAACCAGUAUUUUUAUUUUGUUAGCAAGCUGGAGGAGAAGAGGAGGAGGAGGAGGAGGAGGUGUAAGAGUACUAACACUAUACGAGACAGAGAGAGGACUAAAGCAGACGGAGAGACGGGUGAGAGCAGCUUUAACACUAACUUAGCGAUACAUUUCUUUUUUUAUUUUCCUAGUCAGAUAAGCUUUUUGUUUUUUGCCGGUACGCCUCACAGCAGGCUCUGUCUCGUUAUGUGCAAGUGAACAGUAGUGAGAGCUUGAGCCCUGUGAAGCCAGCAGAGUCCCGAUACCUCACAGUGGUCCUGCCAAGACAGCACACGCUAGCCAGAGGCCAAACAUACUCUACAGACAUUUCUACUGUGGCAAGUAGAUCCAAGACGUUACACUCUCAGACGACGUCACAGCAGCCGCCAUUAAAAAAAACAGUGAAGGUUCCACAUGGACCAAAUGUAAGUCAGAAUCAAGCUAAAGGAAUCGGUGCAGUAUCAAUCGAGAAGAGAGUUAACAGCUGCUGCACGUCACAGUACGUCCAUUAAAGUUCUUGAUUUUAUCACUGACAGACUCAGAUUGUUCUUCUCAGUGUCUGACAACAUGAUGAGAGGAUUCCUCCAGAGACAGAGCUUUUUAUUAAAGAGGAAGAUCCUUUAGUUUAACCAGAAACAUCUCUAUAUAUCUCUACCAGACUCCAUAGAGAAAAACAGGGAUUUAACUGAGCAGAACACAGGAGCUGCUGUUGAUUUUAUUGUGUGAUUUUCAGUGAUAGUAGAUGUACUUUUACUGCAGUAAAGUAUCUGAUUACUUCUUCCACCACUGAAAGUCUCACAGUAACACAGACACACUAACAGAUGGAGGCAGUGGUAUUCCAGCAGCUCCUGGUUAAAUCACUGUUUUUCUCUAUGGAGUCUGGUAGAGAUAUACAGAGAUGUUUCUGGAUCUUCCUCUUUAAUAAAAAGCUCUGUCUCUGGAGGAAUCCUCUCAUCAUGUUGUCAGACUCUGAGAAGAACAAUCUGAGUCUGUCAGUGAUAAAUAUAUAAAUACAUUAACAUCAGUACGUGUGAUUUAACCUGAACUAAAACACCAAACCGACAUGAAAUGUAAAUUUAAGAUAAGCAUUAAACACAAUAUGUGAUUGAAUGUAUAAUAACAAUAAUAUUAACACUAAUGAUGUAAAGUUUAUUUACAUGUUUCCUGCUUCAGUGCCACUUGUUUUAAACAUCAGGAGCCAGUUUGAGUUUCACACAUUAAAACAGGUUCAACCUCAGAAAACAGAGUAAACUAAAAUACAAGUAAACAAGGCUGCAACUAAUAAACAUUUUCAUUAUCUACUGAGUCAAAAAUCCACCACUGUCUGCAGGUGUUUUACUUGUAAUGGAGUAUUUCCUACCACUUUUACUCAACUAAAGUAUCUGAUUACUUCUUCACCACUGAGUAACUGGCAGGUGUAACUACUCUCACUAAUAUCAGAGCCCGUUCAGAUUAAAACAGGUAACAUGAAGUACAUUUAACAUACCUCAGGUUGUUAAACAUUACGUCGAUUACAUUUCACUGAACAAGUAAAUUUACUGCUCAUUUUAAUGAGAAGCUGAAUCUUUACCAGCUGAGACAAGUGUUAACGGUGAAACAGGAAACUGCUGCAGCAUCUGAAUGCUCUGUAUAAAAACAGUUACUGAACAGUCUCAGGUGUAUUCAGGCUCGAGUCGAUCCUGAUUUGUCCCUGGAAACUGAUCUGAAAUCUUGUUUAAUCCUGACACUAAAAUCGACUUUAAUCAGAGUCGGUGCUACAAUUUAAAAACAUCUUCAGCCUCAGGUGGUGAACGAGGGAGAAAUAUGAUGCAGUUAAUCACAGGAAGGAAUUCUCUGAUAAUCAGUUCAUCGUUAAAAAUAUUAGUUGGUCCCAGUUCUCAAAUGUGAAGAGUUUUAAUGCUUUUCUUUGUUAAUGUUGAGAAUUUAAACUUGUUUGUGUAAAACAAGCGUUCACCUACAGAUCCUGGACAACCAGUCCCUCUGCCCUUUAUGUAAUCUAUUAUUUAAUGUUUGCCUCUAAAAAGUGAUCAUUUGUGAACUGCACCUGUGCUGAUUUAAAGAAAAACAGCUCCUCAGAGAACACGUUCGCCACUACACCGUUAAAUCGACCGUUUUUUAAAUGGAGUUUGGUGCGACGUCGUCGGAACACAGCGACAGAGUUAACGGUUUGGGUCUGAGUGACACAUGAACCAGAGCAGGCAGGAAACAUUUACCUCAGUCACACUCAGCAGCAUCACUCAGUAUAUAUGUCUCUCUCUCUUUCUCUCUCUUUUCUGACACAAAAAAAAGAAAAAAGCUGAACUGAGAGAGAUGUGUUUUCUUUCAGAGAGAAAUUAUUGAUGAUACCAAUAACAAUAAUAUUGAUGGAAAUAAUAAUAAUAAGUGACGGUCAGAAUAAUAGUAUUAAUUUUAUUUGUUUUAUUAAGUCACCUUUUUAUUUUGUAUGCUUACUCCAUGUUAACACUUGUUCCGACUCCAUCUUGUAAUUCAGUUGAAAUGUCUUUGUGCCUUUUUUAUUUUUAUUUUUUGGGGAUAAAAAGAAGGAAAAAUAUUUUUUGCUAUAAUGCCUCAUUUUCAAGGCUACAGCAUCCCUCACUCUCUUUUCAUGCUGUCUUCUCCUCCUCGACCUCAUCCUCCAUUCAUCAAGGGUAAAAAAAAGAAAAAGAAAAAAGAAAUAUACAAUUAGAAAAUGUCAAUGAAAAUACCUACUUUUUCUACUCGUGCCUUUCUGUGUCUGUCGUCUCGUCAUCAGCCUCUGCCUGCGUUUGUGUCGCUCUGUCUUUCAUCGUUCAUCGGUUUUCAGAGCUUCGCCUCUUUCUUUUCGCGCCACAUAACCGAGACCCAGUCAUUUCUACCAGACUUUUCUUUGCUCAUGUAUUUGUCUAUAUGCACCUUUUGCCCCCCCACCACCCUGAUCAUCAUAUUUCUGUGUCCUUUUCUCAGUUUCAAAACUCUUUGUGCCUUUCUCUGUCUCUUUUCUCUCUUUGCUGGGACCGUGUGUUGAGGGUGGGCGGUGUCGUCCGUCCACCCUGUGUGGUUAGUUUCAGGUACUACAUUGAAUUUAAUGAUAAUGAUAUAAUAUAAAUAUAGUGAAACAUAAACAGG